UAUCAUCGCCUCCCUCCCGAAAUUAAAAAAUCUCUCGCCUGCGCCUCCCUCCGCCGCCCCCACCGCCGCAGCGCCGUCUCCCAGCGCUGGCACUCUCUUAUCCCAGCGAUUCAGAUCAGCGCUCUGCUCUCCCAGCGAACGACAGUCACUCCCUCUCCUCAUUUAUUCUCUUCAUUGAAACUAUUUCAUCUCCCCUAAUCACUAUUCUUCUAAUUCUCCUCCUUUCUCUUCCAUAAAGAAUUAUAUUUAAAAGCUUGAAGCUCCACAUCCUUGCGAAAAAUUGUGUUAUACUAGUGAUACCCAACGCCACCUAAGACAGCUUCUUGCGAGUGGCUAACCAAUAAUGCUGGGUCACGAUGAGGGUGGAGAUGACCUCUAUGUCUCAAUUCCGCUUGGUGGUCCAAUAUAUGUCACUGAUCUUGUUGGUCCUCUCACAAGAGUCCCGGACUUCGAAACUAGUGUCAAUGAAGAACUUGAGAGUUUGAAAGAAGAGGUAUAUGGAGACGUGGCACAGGUGUGCGAUGAAGAUACAUCGGUGGAUGAACUCAAAAUAAUUCAGGAGGAUGAGUUAGUCAGUAAAGCAUUUGAAGAAGCUUUCAAGGUCGAUGAACUGGCCGGAGGUGCUCCAAAUGAUAACUUUGCACUUGGCAUUGAGCAGAACUGUUUGCAAAAUACAGAAGAGAAUAAGAAGGCUAUUGUCUUAAGUGAAUCAAACAAAAACCCACCUGGGAAGAGGAAGAAGGGGAAGGGUGUUAGCAAAAAGAAUGACUAUUUUGAUGAGAGCUAUAUGGUAAAGGUGGAGCAGCUAGCUAGAAUUAAGUCAAAACAAGAAGAAGACAAAGCAUGUGUUAGAUUGCAUUCCUUCAAUAAUUCCAUGGUGCCUGGACAUGGAGUUAAUGCAAAAGCUGAAAAAAUAAAUCAUCUGAAAUCAGGCAGUGUGUCAAAAAAGCAGGUGAAAGCCUCGAGUAGUUACGGUGACGUUCCGGUCCAAUAUCCUGAGACUGUUCUCUCUUUUGAGGUUUACCAUAAUAGAAAGACAGGGUCGAAGACUCAAGAGUUCCUGGUUCUGGGCCGACAAUUUUUGACUGAAGUUAAAGACAAAAUAUAUUGUUUGACGGAUGAGAUAAUGAGGAGGGCUGGGAAGUAUGAUCCUUCUGGAUACUUUCUAAUUGAAGAUGUUUUUUGUAAUGACAUGAGAGAGGCCUCGAAUGUGGACUAUAGCAAAACUAUUCUUGAUUGGCUCAAAAACUCCAAGAAUGAUGCACUUGAAAAGUGGGAAUUCAUUGUUGCUGGUGAGGUGCGCCAGAAACAAAAGGCCAUUUUGGGCACUGAAAAUAAGCAGCAGUUGCCAAGAUUCAAAUCUCUUUACAUGCAGAGUACAAGGUUCUGUGACUUACGUUUCCACCUCGGUGCUGGGUAUCUUUACUGUCAUCAGGGGAACUGCAGGCAUCUAAUCGUAUUACGGGACAUGAGGCUUAUACAUCCGGAGGACAUACAGAACCGAUCGGCUUAUCCACUUAUCACGUAUCAGCCAAAGCUGGCGUUCAAGAAAUGCUCCGUUUGCAAAAUUUACAGGGCAGAUAAAGUGACUGUGGAUGAUAAGUGGGCCUCAGAAAAUCCCUGUUAUUUCUGUGAUAUUUGUUAUUAUAUGCUUCACUAUGAAGGUGGGUCUUUGCUUUAUAGUGACUUCAUUGUCUAUGACUAUCAUCAUGAGUAAUUGUUAUUAUAUGCUUCACUAUGUAAUGAGUAUUUUAUUUAUGCAGUACUAGUUUUCGUUUA